AUGCCUAAGACCGACGGCCAGAUCGCUGCUCUCGGAGCACUCAUCAGCAACGCGACGAAGGUUGUCGAGGGGCAUUACGCGAGAUCUGCGAAGCCUUACGUGCCCUCUCUCGAUGACACAGAGGAGCAUCCGCUCGACCAUUCGUUGGAUCCGGAGUUGAGAGAGGCGGUUCAGAUUAUCGAGGGAGCGUGCGCUCAGUUGUGCGCAACGCUGGCGAGGCCGAGUCAUACCGUCGUCAAUAAACUCAUGAGCCUGUACGAGUCGACGUGCCUCGGUAUCGCUAUGAAGUUUGGGAUUCCAGACGUGCUGCAAGAAGAGCCUGCCGGUAUGCACAUAUCCGAGAUCGCCGAUCGAACUGGCCUCGAGGAGCGAAAGACCGGAAGGAUAUUGCGGCUGCUUGCGACUAAACAUGUUUUCAGAGAAGUGUCCGAGAAUGUGUUUGCAAACAAUAGACUCAGUCUGCAACUUCUCGCCGAGAACCCUCUCUCGAGCUUGGGCCUUCACUUCGCUGAAGAUUGCCAUCCACCGACCACUGUCCUGGCCGAAGUGCUCGGCGAUGACGCGUGGGGCCAUUCAUAUUCGCCAAGGGAAACCGCCUUCAACAAGUGGUCGAGUUUCGCUGAUUCACUUGGUGCGUUUGUUGCAACGCCGCAGGGUACGAACUUGGCAACGCGGUUCGGAAUUGGGAUGAUUGGAUGGGCGGAUGCGUCUCAAGCGCAGAACGUUAUCUACGAUUAUCCCUGGAAGGAGCUUGGAAAAGACGCCACCGUCUGCGAUCUUGGAGGUGGGGUAGGGUACAUCGCUCUCGAGCUAGCGAAGGAGUACCCUUUCCUACGACUGAAGCUGCAGGAUCUGUGGCGGACGCUGGAGCAGGCGAGAACGCAGGUGUGGCCGGAAAGAUGUCCCGAGGCGAUCCGGGAAGGACGUAUAGAAUUCAAAGCGAUUGAUUUCUUCAAGGAGUCGCCAAUUCCUGGAUGCAGCGUCUACUAUUUGAAAAACAUCAUCCACGACUGGCCUGACCAUGAUUGUGUCACAAUCCUCUCCAACAUCCGGAGGGUAAUGAAACCCUACAGCAGAGUCCUCAUUCACGAGUACAUCCUCCAACAAGCGAAUCGCGUUCCCGAUGGCCAGGCCGUCUCGAAACAAGCUCCGGAACCCCUCCUGCCAAAUUACGGAGUAGGAAGGAUCAGACAGUAUAACCUCGAUCUGGACAUGCUCACGAUGCUGAACAGUGAGGAGAGGAGAUUACGCGAUUUCAUCCGCUUGGGCGAACGCGCUGGUUUGAGAUUUAAGAAGUUAUGGGACAUGGGGGAGUUGGGCCUUGUGGAAUUUCGCCUUCCUUUACCAUCCGUCCAUAAUUGA